ACUUCAUUUGCGUUCUGAUACGCUCGCAGUCGCAUUUCUCUCAUUAAAACCGAAAGUAUUUAUUUAUAGAGGUGCUGUGCAGUGGCUUCAGCGAUGCCUACAUCAGAGCCCGCGUCGUCCUGAGUCGCGAUACGCAAAUAGACCAAACAGACGGCCCCAAGUGAGCUCGUGAGUGCGCGAGUGUGAGUGCUGGAGCGUCGCCUGGCGCUCACGAAGCGCCCCGCGGACGCGUGAGCCGCGCCGAGGCCCGCGGAGUGCCAUGAAAGUGACUGUGGACAGCUUCCCGUGCGGAUAAAUGAGUCGUCCGUGGGGCGAUUAUGGUGGCCCUGGACAUGAAGAAGAGUGUCUCAGUUCAAGUAGGCAGUGACUUCGCCCUGAUUCUGCCCGAGGGACUCUACGAAAUCACGAAGAUGGAGCCCCGCUCGCGCCAGCGAUCCAUUGUGAUUGCCUGCGUAUUCCUCGCCAUCGCCGGAAUGGUCAUCUUCGGAUACUUCUGCAAUGACCAAGUGUGCGCUCUGACCAAGAAGGAGAUGAUGAUGAGCUCGGAAGUCUCCGCACUCACGUCAGACGCAGCGAACUCGAUUGGAAAGUCGCCGAUGCAGCUGAACAAUCCGGGAUUGAGUUACGAGGAGGUCCUCAAUGACGACGACUUCCAAUUCGAUAUGGACGCGCACGAUGUGAUGGUGUUCCUGCACAUCCAGAAGACCGGCGGCACAUCUUUCGGCAAGCACCUCGUACGUGACCUGGACCUCAAACGUCCGUGCACGUGUCAAAGGCGAAAAAAGCGCUGCCACUGCUUUCGGCCGCAUCGCAAUGAGAUUUGGCUGUUCUCGCGCUACUCAACGGGCUGGAAGUGUGGCCUUCAUGCCGACUGGACGGAGCUGACGAGCUGUGUGGAUCAGGAGUUGGACAAGAAUGAGGGUGAGACGACGAAGAGGCGCUACUUCUACGUGUCACUGCUGCGGGAGCCGAUUGCGCGGUACCUGAGUGAGUUCAGGCAUGUCCAGCGCGGCGCGACGUGGAAGACGUCGCGUCACUGGUGCCUGGGCAGACAGGCGAGUGCGGCAGAGCUGCCUGCUUGCUAUUCUGGGGAGAACUGGAUGGAUGUGCAGCUGGAUGAGUUUGCGGCGUGCGAAAGCAAUUUAGCAGCAAAUCGACAGACGCGAAUGCUUUCGGAUUUGGCGCUUGUUGGCUGCUACAACAAGUCCUCAAUGCCGGCCGACGAGCGAGACCGCGUGAUGCUGGCGAGUGCAAAGAGGAAUCUCGCCUCCAUGGCGUACUUCGGGCUGACAGAGUAUCAGAAGAUUUCCCAGUACAUCUUCGAGGAGACAUUCAAUCUGCGCUUUGCCAUACCCUUUGAGCAGCACAAUACAACCGUAUCGACGACGACAAUGAAUGAUUUGAGCCCGGAGCAGAAGAGGCGAAUUGAGCAGCUUAAUUCACUUGACAUUGAACUCUAUGCCUUUGCCAAAAGGCUCCUCUUCCAAAGAUUUGAGAAGCUAAAGGCCAAAGAUGUGGACUUUGAAGUGAGAUUUGCACACUUGGGCAACCUAGGAAUGCGAAAUGGUGUGACAGAGUUUAACUGGGACAGCAAUAUUGAGGAUACAAGCACAGAGCAGCAAUAAGGGCAGUGAUUACUGACACCAGACCUCCGUGGCAACCACAGUGAUAUUUUAUCGGGCGACUAACAACUUCACCGAAACGAGAGCAGCUUUGAGGAGAAGGUAUAUUUUUUAAGAGUAGAUUUCUAUUUAUUGAACUAUCACGUCUUAGAAUUGAAUGGGAAGUGUGCGGAAGAUGGUUUGACACUAUCUGUGCACCGGAACAACAUUAAUUUAUGUGACGGCGUUUAUUUGUCCGCUUGCAUGAACGGAGAGGGAGAGAGAGAGAGAGAGCUUCUCAUUCAAUUUAUAUUUUUCAAGCCAAAAAGAAGAUAAUGUAAUGUAAAAAUAUACAUAAUGAGAAUAGAACGAAGAAUAUUCAGUUGAUACGCAUAUUGCUAUAAGGUAUAUUGUUAGGAAGUAACACAAGAGACACGACGAAGUGAGUGUGAAUGUGUACAAAUGAAUGGGAGGAUGUGUUACUAUGUAAUAAUAUAGUUGUAGGAAGAGAUAUUGAAAAACACACAAGCACUAAUUUGAUACAAUGAUGAAAAUGGAACCUAUUGAGGCCUCUUUUAUUGAAGCAACAUCGCCACCAGUGUUUGACUACAUAAAAUUGCCAUUUAUUUUUAUGUGAAAUUAAAUAACACAUGCGAGAGACACUUUGGCGCAUUGAACCGCAUUCUGUGGGACAUAAAUACUGGGCGCAAUUUGUCUCAAUUCUUUUCGCACAACUCUCCAUCACAGCCAUUAUUAUUAGCCAUUUAGAUUGGGUGAGAUUAACAACAGCAUAACUAGCAAACAACGAUGACCGAAUGAAAUUUACUCAAUAGGAGGAGGAGAAUAUUUUUUCACCAUGAGCAGUAACAAUUACGAAGAAAGUGUGCAAAUUGACGUCUUUAUACAAAUAAUAUUAUUGAGUGAUGUUGCAUUUGGGAUUUAAUGUAGGCUAUACUUUUAGAGGGGUGACAAUAAUAACGGAGUACGAAGCCAGAUGUAGGAAUAGAAGUAUGAGUAUUUCAUUACCAUUUUCUAUCAGGUGAUUAAAAUUUAAAAGAAAGUUUGUAGAGAAUAAAUGCAAAAAAUAUUGUGAAUGAAAUAAAAUACAACCACGUAGAAGAAAGGUUUUAUAGAGUUGAGAACAAUGUUCAACAAACAAAUUGUAGUGUGAAAUGCAGAAUUAAUGAGAUUAUGAGUAGUUUUAGAUAACUUUUUGUUUUUUUUUAAUGAAUUUCCUUUGACAUGCGAACAUUUUUUUUUAAUUAUACAUAGGUUGUACAUAUUCAACAGAUCUGAAAUGCAAAACAAAAUACAUCUCUAUAUAAUUAUUGUAACUGAAUGAGAUUUUAGAGGUUGAAAAUUUGCGCCCUCUCGAAAAUAUUACAGUCGGUUAAUUUGGAAUCAUGGCAAUUAAAAGAGACUCAUUAGAGAAAAUCAUGGUCUCGCCGAAGGCUUUAUCUUCUCUCUUGCAUCCCCCUUUUUACGUAUUUUAUACUCUUUUAAUUACUCUCGCAAUUCAUAAGAGGGUUCAACUUGUGUAUUUCCUUCUCUUUGUGUCCUUCGUACAGUUGCACUAAUUUAAUUUUUGCCAUAAAGAGUAAAUCUACCACAAAAUCCGUGAAUUUCUCCAACUGCUGAAAAAUACGUAUAAAUGCGCGUGUUGAAUGACAAAGAGAGAAAAAAAAGGAAGACAAAAGAGCGGUUUAUUCUAUGGCAAUGCCACUUGAACUCUCGUCCCCUUGUUUUGCCAUUCGUUCCGUGGUGUAAAAGCGACUCUCGCUUCCGAUCUGAGGCGCGUCUUUCUCCGCAAUAACACACAAUUGCCGCCAUUCUCUAGGCCUCUCAAGAGCAAACAGCAUCUUCGGAUGUUGAUGGGGAAGAUUACGGCGUUGCCCAUUCCCAGAAUUCGCUUCUCACAUCGCAGCUAAUUGACUCGAUAUGAAAGUCUUAAUUGAAUCAAACUGACUGUGAAUUUAUUAAGAGGGCGAAGUGGUUGAAGAUUCUCUGCCUAACAACUUGAGUCUCUCUGAAAUCCCAGUGACAAACUCUUCCCGCCAAUUUCUAGGCUCAUUUAUAAAAGUCUCACUAUCAUUUUAUAAAUAUACACAAUUCUUUUGAAGCGAUAUUUACACAGUCAUUCCCUGUUAUCGACGUUACUUUUUAUCACAAUAUUAUUCGUAUAAAUAUUUUCGCUCGUUUCGCCAAUUCCAGGAAAAUCUCUCUAUGAAGUGUGAAAAUGUUUGAACACAAAUAGCCGUGGGCAGUUUAAUAUUAAAUCAAUCUAUUGAGCUUUAUGAUUUAGAAUAUUCAUGAACUUGUGCAUAUUAUUGAGUAAUUUUUCCUCCGUCUACUAAGCUCGCUCAUGGAUUAAUUUUUUGAUUUUCAUCACAUUUGCAUAGAUUUCUGCAGUCAUGAAUUCUUCUAAAUACAUUGCAAAAUUGUAUUUUUAGACUAGAUAACCUGUGUCGACCCGAAAGACGGGGAAAAAACUUGUGAAAACGGAUUGGGAAAUGAUGUCUUAUCAGAAAUUGAAAUGCAAGAGUUCGCAAAAAAAACCGCCAUGCGACUGUACAGGUCAGCGAAAUGUAUGAAAAAAGAGGGUUUAAUUGAAAAAUGAGUGAAUGACAGUGUUAAUGGUAUUUUGUGCCUAAUUAUUCAAUCACUUUGUCAGCCGUCUGACCUCGACUUGACAUUUUAAUUAAUAAUUAGAAAUUUGCGUGUGACUUGUGAGCGUCGCGAGUGUAUUUUUCUGAUAAUCAACACAGCAUUCAAAUGAGUUUGUGUAGUUCGCGUACAAGCAUUUCUUGUGUAUGCCGGAAAAUUUCACUUUCUUACAGCGUUCAAUCAGUGAGUUUUUUUUUGCUGAGGAAAAGAAAUUCUUUAUCGCAAUUUGACAAGGGAAUAAAAUGACUAAUCGAUUUUGCACUCACAAAGCGUGAUGGGAAAAUUUAUCCUUCCAAUUCAGAGUCUCCCUCCUUCUUUUCUCUAUUGAGUCUGUGUAGAUUCAAUUGGCUGAAGAUUGUAUGAAUGUUCGAUAAGAUUUUCUGGUCAUUUACAUAUACUUAUAUAUUAUAAAAUUUUAUAUAUACUUUCCAAGUAUGAAAAGUUAUUUUUAGUAUGGAUUGUAAUGAAAGAUGAGUCAUUGUAUUAGAUGUAAAUUUAUUUUAGUGAGAUUUGUUGGAGCAAACAAAUCAUUUUACCCAAUUUGCUAUAAGAAUUCCUCUUUUUAAAACGAUAAAAGUGUAAAUAAAUUGUAAGAAUUUGAAGAAAA